AUGGCACCCACCAAAGGCAAGCGUGCCUCGCUGCGCGCUAAAGCAUCCAAGUCUACCUCUGCCUCCAAUGCGCCCGCUCUCGACACCGCUGCGGCGAGCGGCCCCGUCGUCGACACACCAUUCUCUUCCUUCCGCCCUACCAAGAAAGAUAAACGUGAGAUGAAGCACUCCCUCCUCAUGUCGAAGGUGCAAAAGUCCGCCACCUCGAAGAAGAAGCGCCGCCCGAAUAAGCAACUGGUUACGACGCUCGAGUCCCUCGCUGAUGCGCUGCCGGAUGCGGGUGACGAUGAUGGAGCGGAUGCAGACGGCGAGGAUGGUGCUGUCGAGGUCGGACAGGCAAAAAUCAAGCAUAAGAGUCUGAAGAGCAGGCCCGGCGCAUUGAAGAGGAAAGAGAAGCUGGAGCGCAUGGAGCGGGAGCGAUUUGAGAAGAACCUGGCGCUCAUGUCCACGGGUGCUUCACAAGGCCCACAAGGAAAAUCGCAAGAAGACACGGACAUGGGCAACGCACCACCUGCUGCGCCUACGGCCAACAGGUGGUCGGCUUUGAGAAACUUUAUUGAAAGCACCAUGGAAAAGAAGAAGGAUUUCGUAUCAGGCUGA